GCUCUCCGAGCGGCGACGCCUCCAAAAGCGGCGCCUCGAGGAGAUGGGGUCGGAGUCGCAGGAACAGGCCGCCUCCUGGACGCCUUCCUGGGACGACUACUCCUCCCCGUACCCGUCGGGGCUGCCCGAGCUGUGCGACAAGGGCGACGUGCGGGCCUUCGGCCGGGUCUUCCAGCCCGCGGUGCUGCUGCCGGUGGCCGCCCUGGGCCUGGCGGGCAACGGGCUGGUGCUGGCCACGCACCUGGCGGCCCGGCGGGGGCCCCGCUCGCCCACCUCGGCCCACCUGCUGCAGCUGGCCCUGGCCGACCUGCUGCUGGCCCUCACCCUGCCCUUCGCCGCGGCGGGGGCCCCGGGGGGCCGGACCCCGGGCGUCGCCCUGUGCCGAGCCGUCUUCGGCCUCUACUCCGCCUCCUUCCACGCGGGCUUCCUCUUCCUCGCCUGCGUCAGCGCCGACCGCUACCUGGCCGUCCGGCGGCUGGCCCCGUCGGGGCCCCGCCCGGCCACCGGGCCCGCCCGGGCGGCCACCCUGGCCGUGUGGCUGCUGUCCCUGCUGCUGGCCCUGCCCGCCCUGCUGUACGUGCAGGACGGGGGGCGGGACGGGCGGCGCCGCUGCCGCCUGGUCUUCCCCCAGGGCCCGGCCCGGGCUCUCCAGGGGGCCAGCGGCGUGGCGCAGCUGGCGCUGGGCUUCGGGCUGCCCCUCGGGGUCAUGGCCGCCUGCUACGCCCUGCUGGGCCGCACGCUGCUGGCCGCCCGCGGCCCCGAGCGGCUGCGCGUCCUGCGGGUGGUGGCGGCGCUGGUGGCCGCCUUCGUGGCCCUGCAGCUGCCCUACAGCCUGGCCCUGCUGCUGGACACGGCGGACCUGCUGGCCGCCCGGGAGCAGAGCUGCUCCGCCAGCAAGCGCAGAGACCUGGCCCUGCUGGUGACCGGCGGGCUGGCCCUGGCCCGCUGCGGCCUCAACCCGCUGCUCUACGCCUUCCUGGGCCCGCGAUUCCGCCGGGACCUGCGCCGGCUGCUGCGGGACUGGAGACUGCGGCCCGGGGUGGAGAGGGGGGUCGGUCCCGAGGCCGGCGGCGGCGGGGCGCGAGUCCGGACCCUUGCCCGCGGCCCGCGGGAAGCGUCGCUGAGUCAGCAACGCGCCUGCAGAGGCGCGCUCCCGGCCCCGCCCCCUCCGCCCCUCCCGCCCGCCCCGCUUAACUCCUUCCCUGCCGGGCCCGCCGGGGGAAACCCCUCCGCCUCCCGCCGUCCCUCGGCCGCGGGGGCUGAAGGCGGGCGCUCGUGCCGCCCCACGGGGCCCCGAGGGUCCCGAGGGCGCGGCGGGCGACUGAACAGGGCGCCCCCCCCCCCCCCCGGUUGGGACGGGCGUGACGUCAUCAGGGAGCCGCUCUGA